AUGGCUUCCAAAAAACCCGUGCCCUCUAAAGCGGCCCUCAAUGCCCUGCGCGGCGUCCUUCUGACCACCUCCUGUUCUGUCAUCUUGCUCGCCGAGGAACGUCGACGUAGGCUGCAAAUUGCCCGUUCUGCCAUCGACAAUGCCCGCAAACUACACUCGCUCCAGAGCUAUCGCGGACCCGUUGCCCAAGCAGACAGCCAUGCAUCUUGGCAAGGCAGGCUCGCCGACGUCGACCACACUGUCCUGUCUGUUGCGUCUUUUCCUCGACCAAGGACUUCUACGCGUCGCAGAGGCCGUGCGCAUCUGAUAGGCAGCGGGAACAACGGAGCACACUGCGAUGAGAAAGGCGCAACUGCUCCGCCCGAAAAAGGCGAAAGGAACUCGGGUCCCGAUACGGCCUCGAGUUUGCCGUACCGUUCUCAUAGUCCUAGCAUGGUCGACUUGGACAGUCUGAAGCUCGCAUCUUUUGAACCAGUCAGACGACGCCCUGCGGCGGCCCGGAUGUUGCCCCCCCGAGACUUCUCCACGUCGAACAUGCUACCGGCCUUUGCUCCCGACCAUUAUGCUUUGUCCAAACCAACAGAAACCCCGUACACGGAGCCUGCGGUCCGAUCAGGUGAAGGUGAUCAGCCUGGUGAGGACGCCGAAGAUGCCUCUUCCGAAAUCGACGCGAUUAAAACUGCUCGUCUCUAUCUGGAAAAGUUGGCAGGCGGCCCCUCGACUCGUCAACCCGACUUCUCUAUUAAAUUUGCUCGUCUCUAUCUGGAAAUGUCGAAAGGCGACUUCUCGACUCCUCGACCCUUGUAUUUCAAAGCUGUGCCUGCGUUGAAGUGGUUGCUCAAAGAUAUGGAAGCUUCCGAAUCCGAUAUAGACAAAAGCAAUCUCCGCGAGAAGAUUGAUCUAGCGGGCACAGUUCUCGAACGAGUAGCGUCCUUCGGCCCCCCGCCAUCGCUGCAUAUUGCCAGGAUACUGCGAUCCCAGGCAACUCGACUCUUUCGAGCCGUGUCCCGCUCGUGCUCCGAAAAACUAGCCACAACCCUGGCCCAAGCCCUGCCGUUAUGCGAAGACCCUUUGGGGCUUCUUUUCCACUUCAUGGCCAUUGUCCAAACCGGAAAUCAUCAAAAAGCGCUGCGAGAAACUCUGUUGUUGCUGUCACAAUACCCUAAUCAGCAUCGGUACUCAUGGUCUCGCGGCAUGCUGUUGUUCCGCGUUUUAUACCGACACGCAAAGUCUCAACAAGUCGAUUUCCCUCAAACCAGGCAGCUUUACCUGAUGCUUCGGGAGGCUGGUCUCUUUGAACAGAUUGCAGUGCCGAGAUCUACAGAGUACGACAUCCGAAGGUUGAUGACUGUUUUGGCUUUUGAGUGCGGAGACUGCGGCUUUGCACGCUCGGAACUCCAGAAACUGGACGAGAUUGACUCUGGAGGGCUGGCUUCCGACGUUCGACUGCAAAAGUGGCUCAUCGUUGGGAAGGCCGACGAGGGGAGGUGGUCAGAGGUGCUGUCCCACAUUGAAAUGCUGAGGCAAAGUCUGGCCCCAGACUACUGGGAUUUUCAGCUCUUUCUUGGCGAGGUCGCUGAUCUCUUCUCAGCCCACGGUCACAAGAGCGAUCAGCUAGAGUGUUUCCUUCGAACAGCUGUGACAGAGUACCAGCUCAAGCUUGAGAAUCGGUGGAUCUGGGCUGUUUUGGACAACCAUGCAGCGCAUCGCCAGAUACAAUCAGUACUCUCGUGGCUGCAAUUUUGCGCGGGUGCUGGCGUACUGAUGGACGCCUCUUUUCAAUGGACGUUCUUCUAUUGGGGUCGGAAGUACUGGAACUUUUCAGAUGAAAUGAUACGGAAAAUGAAAAGAAGGCUGCGCAAAGAUUCGGUCGCCACCCGACGGAAAAUUCAAAGAAGACUGCGCAAAUAUCCAUUCGCCGUUAGACGGGAAAUGAAAUCAGAACUGCGCAAAGAUUCAGUCGCCGCCAGACGAAAAGAAAGACUGCGAACGGAUUCAGUCGCCGCCAGACGAAAAAAAAGACUGCAAACAGAUUCAGUCGCCGCCAGACGGGGUUGCGAUGCACAACGCAACAUGGCCUUUGCGGGGAGACGUGCGCAGUUCAUCCUGAGGCGUGCCGUGGUGAAGCACCUAAAGGGCCCAGACCCUGAUACGCAUGGCGCGGCCCGCUUGAUCCACGUCGCUCAUCGUGAGGGUCGGGAUGUGAGCUCAGCUCUCACGCCUCUUUUGAUUACCCAACUCAAACGGGGGGGGAACCCUUGGCGACUGAUCAACGAUGCGCUUCGGAUGGGGGUACGCGUGCACGACAGGGCUUACAACAAGGCGGCUCAGGCACUCUCCACCAGAGGUGAUCACCAGGGAGCGGCGAAAAUGUGUGAAGUUGCCGCGAGGGAGAACGGCAAGGGCCAGCUUCUGUACAACCAAUACAAUUUCGCGAACCUGGUGUUUGCAUACACGGGUAUCGCGGAAUACAAGGCUCUGCAGUCUCUUCUCUCUAGGCUCACCUCGGAAGUACGGUGGUGGCACGGAAGCCGAACGUGCAAAGAGAGCAUCAAGCUGGCCAUGAAGAACGUUGCGAGGCGAAUCAUUCUCCAUUCGGCCAACAGCGAAUACCAUCGCCAGGCCCUCAUUCACUUGGAUAACGCUCUCUUGCACGUCAAAAGUUGCCGCCCUACCUGGAAAUGCAGGCAAGCCGUGUCUGAAGCAUACAUUGGUCUCGCCGGCCGCCGCUUGGACGCGUCGCUGAAAAGGCUACGCGCGAUGCAAAAGCGCCAAGGAAAGAGCAAGGGCAGGCGUGGUAGAAGACAGUCAGACGAAGUUGGAUAA